CUGUAAAGGCUAUUUUGAAAAGUGACCUCCCCUCUCUAUGGACUCGUGCACACACACACCACACACAGCUGCUCGGAACCAUGACAGAAGAUGACGGAUACAGUGGUCGCGGAGGGACAAGUCAAGUUUAGAGAUGGAAAAAAGUGGAAGACUCGGUGCGUCGUUCUUCGGAAGCCCUCUCCGGUCGCAGACUGUCUGACUCUGCUGGUGUAUAAAGAGAAGAAGAAAGGGAAGGAGAAGGGCACAGGCCACAAGGAGAGGCUCAAUGUAACACUGGAGGGGAUCUGUGGCGUGGAGCCAGGGCCCGGUUAUGACGGGGUAUCCUACACCCUCUCCAUCCUCUGCCUGGCUCACACGCUGGUCCUGGGCUUCACCAGCCGAGACACGCUGCUGGCCUGGGAUGCCCGCAUCUGCUACAGCCUGGGAGAAGUCCACAGGUUCAGUGUCAACGUCGAGCCAGGUACCAAACUGGAAAGCGGCCCCGCCUCCCUCCACCUGUGCAACAACCUAUUGGUCCUCACCAGAGGCGUCCCUCCUGUCGUCAUUGGACACUGGAAGCUGUCAGCGUUGCGUCGAUAUGGCGCUGUGCCAAAUGGCUUUGUGUUCGAGGGCGGGACUCGCUGCGGAUAUUGGGCUGGUGUUUUCUUCUUGUCCUGUUCAGAAGGAGAGCAGAUCAGUUUCCUGUUUGACUGCAUUGUCAGGGGCAUCAGCCCCAGCAGGACCCCUCAUGACCUGCGACCUGCCCUGCCAGAAGAUCCCAGUGCUGACCCAGUGUCAGCAGAGGACCGAAUCAACAAGGAGGCAUCAGAGCUGGAGAAGAGACUCAGCAUGUUGUCUCAGAGCAGCCUCGCGAGCAGCACAGCUUCCACUUAUAGCUGCAGCACAUCUGUUGCCGGGGACGACCAGAGCAGCAUCUCCAGCUCCUCCUCCAGCCAGUCAGAUGCAAGCUACGGAAGCAGACUUCCAUUUUGGGUGGAGCCAUUAGGUAGACCUCACCUGUCCAACGAGACGGCGUCAAGCUCGUCCACGCUGAAGGUUUUGACCAGCUCAGAUGACAGGCUUUAUGCUGCUGUGAUGGGAAGCUCUGGGACUCGGCCAUCCUCCGACCAGCUCCAUUCUCGUGGUCUCCAUGACAGCGGGCGACAAAGCUCAUUAGACAGUGGGAUCGGAAUAGCUACAGGCAGUCAGUCAUCUUACUCAGGGAGCUGCUCCUCGUAUACGGGGAGUCUGGACAUGGCCAGCCAGGGAGGGGAGGGGGAGUUUGGCUCUGUGGCCAGCCUACCUGCUCCACCCCCUCCUCCUUCUUCACCUCCUGCUCUUCCUCCCCCAACUUCUCCUCCACCUCCUCCUACUUUUCAGUCUACACCUGUCCCAGACCACAGUUGUGCUACCUCUUCCUCCUGCUCUUGUUCCUCCAGAUCCAGCUCUCGUGCGUUCCGGAGGCACAGUGACGAGUAUCAAAUCCCCAACCUGCUCAGACCGCGGUAUGACACCCCCAGGAGUCUGCUCCAGACCCUGUCCCUGAGGGUACAGGAAGGCCCACCAGAGCUGGACAGGGACAGCAGGGGCAGUGGGGAUGCAGGGGGCAGUCAGGGACAAAGGUUGAGCAACAUCCCCACAGAAGCCAAGGCUCAGCAUCAUGCUGGGAUGCAGCGCUCACAAUCCUGGGGCAGUGAGAGGGCGCCCUCUGUAGACAGUGAGGGGAGGUCCACACCUAGAACCCUGCUGGUGCCUGGAGGUCCAGUUUGUGCAGAAACACAGUGCAGUCAUGGGUCAGACAACUACAUUACACCGGAGCAGUGGCGGUCAGCGAGAAACAGAUGCCUGACUCAGGCUGCCAACUCACCAUCAGGCCUGUCACCUUCUGCAGAUACACAAGAUCCUCCUCUCUGUGUGACAGAGGAUCAGGAUGAAGUUGGGGAUGUUGCUGACAAGUUAGCAGGUCUGAAGUGGUCGUUGUCCUCUCUGCCAACCUCUGUCCCUCCACCUCCACCUGUAGCACUGAGCAUGCAUAGGCCAACAUCAGCUUGUGGUAUUUUCCAGUCAGCCCACGCAGCUCCUUCAUUCCUGGACACUGGGCUCCACAGUGGCAAUGCUGCUAAUUAUGUUAAUAUCCCCAUUAGCCCCCUGCCAGCUAGAACUAACAGAGAGCUCCUCUACACAGAGCUUGACCUGCAGGAGCCCGGCUCAGCUCCAGCCUCUGGUCCUUACAGUCCUCUCAGAGAGGAAGGUUCCAUCAGGUAUGCCCAUCUUGACAUCGCUGCCAUGGAAACAGCUCAGAGAGUGGGGGCGGAGCAUGUUCAGGGCAGGGAGGACAGACUGACUCAGCUGGAGAGCAGGUGGCGAGGGCCACUGAACUGACUCUGCAACUCGGUGACACUUUAAAAUACUUUUCAUUGCUGAUUCUCUCAAAAUAAGCUGAAGUGCUUAACUGUAGUUGAUCAUUGUUGUACUUAACACACCCACAGUUGUGCCAGUGUACAGAAAUUCCCACAAACAAUCCAUUCCACUAAGAAUAAGAAGAAAAUAGGAAAUGUCUGGGUAAUCUCUUAUGCAGCUGCCAUCUUGGAUGCGUUUUGUGUUAAGUUCUCAUAUUCUUGUACUUAAGUUAGCGCUUUCCUGCAUUUCUAGAAGACUUUUUAUCCCAGAAAUGCUCCUUUUUUUACUGUCUUUUGGGCUGCAUGGCACUUAUAUCUGCCUCUUUUAAGAUUCUCUCAGGUGACUGUUAAGCAUGGAUUACAAUAGCCUUAAUUAUGAUGGAUUAGGAGGCGAAGUCCCUCCCCUUCCGGUGGACCACAAUGGGACCUUAUUUUGCAAAAAAUGUGUAGGGUAGUUAAUCUUGAGACAAAUAAUUAUUUGAUCCCAUUUAAAUUGUGCCACGAAUUACACACAGAAUGUUUAAAGGGUAAUUUUGCAAGUCAAAAAAGUUGCAGUUUGUUGUAAAACUGUUAAACUAUAAAACUACAAAAAUAUGCAAGUAAUGUCAUAACUACUAUUUAAAAAGCAACACUGAUGCUUCAACUAAGGCAUGAGAGGAAUGCUGGCAGAAAACUACUAAUUGUGUGAAUUUUUAAAGCGUAUUCAUUUCACACUGUUUCUUACAACAUAUUCCCUCUGCUGACUGUAGCUACUCAAAGGAGCUGUCAAGGUUGCUUUUUUUUAGCCGGUUUUAAGAUGAAACUCGGCACAUAAAUUAAAAAUAACAUGAGUAGAACAUAGCUACGUUACCAGGCUACUUAGCUUGCUGGUCUUGGUGACAUAGCUAUGUUGAGCGAGACGAGAGCUGUAUUUCGCUGUGGUACUUUCUUGAAUUGCAAAUUCAUCUUUUAAACUGACAAAUGUGUAAUUCAUGGCACAAUUCAAACAAGUUAAAUUACUUUGUCAUACAGAAAUAAGGUCCCUUGUGGGACACUGGAAGGGGAGGGACUUCACUUCUCUAUGGCACCAAACACUAAUGUUUACCACUGAUAUCAUAGCUAGGAGACAAAGAGACAGCUGCUGUGCUUGGCAAAUUGUAAUUUGUUAAUCUGGAGUUUCUUUUAAAUUCCAGCUAGAUUUACUUUAAGACUGUCUUGGCAUGGCACUAUUUGUUGUUACACCUCCUAUUAAAAGGUGAGAGAUCGAGCCCGCCUCAUCGCACUGAUGCCUCACAAUCGACUGUUAGAGUCCCAGCUUGCUUGGCUAUCAUUCCACAUCAGAGCUCAAAAGCAUUCGAUUGAAAUAAGCGUCUUAGAGUUAUAUCUCAGAUGCAAAUUAGAUUAAUCCAGGCCCAUGUGGCCCAAGAAGGAGAUGACUGAGUAAUCAGCCAGCCAGGGACAUUAUUCAUCACAGUAAUCAAUGUCUCUGCUUCAGGUCAGAAUUGAUGAAUGGGAAAGCACAGUGUGUGUUCCAAUUUCUCACCUCCCUCUUGAUAUCAUCAGGACAAAUUGUCCAACAUUUGGCACUAAUUUAUUUUUAUGGCCGCGGUUCCCUACCGGCAUAUCUCAGGAGGCGAAACAACAUGAGGGCGAGUUAUAAAAACUUUCCCAAAAAUAGCCUGUUAAUGUCACAACAGGGACUGCUUUCCUCUACAGGAUUUGUAAAUAAUAACUGCUUUUAUUUAUGCCAAGACACUAAGAAUGAUAUUAAACUAUAUUUUUAAAAUAUUACUGUUUGUAUGUUGUUGGCACCUGUAUCUUAUUGAUUAAAGACUGCUGUUACAUUU